UUACAAGGCACGGGUUGUGUAAAAAAAGCUAUAAUAUUAUAUAUACCUUAAUUGAAUAAUAACAAUUAAUUAAUACGGAAGACAACAUUAAUUAUAGGCAUAUUUCGUUGAUUAAAUCUGAAGAAUUAAUCAGUUAACAUGAUGUACCACCUGAUAAUCUAUAUGCCGUUCUUUUUAAUAAUGAAAACGACAAGCCAUGUGCCUAAAAACGACUCAAAUGUGGUCAUAUAUGGUGGCCACGCAGACGCGGCAGAUUACGCUGCUCCACGCCGUGCGAUGGCUACAACAGCUGCCGUAAAACCUGUUGUUACACAACGCGUUCUACAACCCACAACGCACAUCAUGCAACAUGUUGAAGAUUUUGGUGACAAGGUGGUCUUCGUGCCCACACGAGCGUAUGACGUCAGAACAGUAGAUGACGAAUUUCUACACGAUGAUACAAUGCGCUUGGACGAAAUUGUUCAUGGACAAAACAAAUACAAAUUGAAGGAUCUUACUGAAAAACCAGUCACGGAACACAGCGAUGUCGUUUUCGUCCAAGGGCGUAAUGCAGAGCGUACUCAGGAAGAAGAGGUCCGUAAAGCACAAGAUCGCCACGAGGAUGCGAGGACUAAGUCUGAAGCACCAAUAAAGAUAGAUUGCAAAAAUUUGGACUGCACGCACUCUGUGCAGUCAAUAUGUGGCUACAAAGUAGAGAACGGACAUAUGAGAUACCGGCUGUUUAUGAACGAGUGUUUUUAUAGGAAAGUCAAUUGCGGUUUUAGUUAUGAAGUCAAUCGUUACAAAGUUGUACCAUUAGACAAAUGCGAGAAAGUUGGCGGCCAUUACACUGAACGUAACACCUUCAUUUACCAACCUGUUCCACACAGCAUGCAGAGGCAACAGUAUAACGAACUAACAGGCGAGUCUAGCUACGGCCUGAGAGUUAGGGAUGAAAAUAAAAUGAUAGAGACCAGGAGGAGAGUUUCAGGCAGAAAAGCUAUGAUGAUCAACACGGACGGGAAAUACUGCUCCCACGCAUGUCCAACAACAUGCACUGAUGAUUACCAGCCUGAAUGUGCAAUGUCCGUCGGUUUUGAGCGCCGGGUGUUCUUAAAUCAUUGCCAAUUGGAUUACAAUUCUUGUAUCCAUGGGAUAAUAUGGCGCCGCCGUCCUCUAGCCGAGUGCGUUGGAGGAAAAAAGGCAGACAUGCAGCAAAACCGAGCCUUCAUAGAUUGGAUGCAGAGAGUGGGAAUAGUCGAUAAGAAAGGACGACUUGUUUUAAACUAAAUAAGACAAUUGUAUGCACUAAUUGAAAAUGUUUAUUUAUCUGAUGGUAAGCUACACGCCUGUUCAAAAAACUGUACUGCCACGCAGAGAAUCGCAAAGAUCUGAGGGGCACUGCCAUCGAGUAUAUAACCAGAAAUAGAGAAGAAAUAAAGGCCAUGCUUUCUUGGUAACUCAUCAAUGAUACAUCACUUAUAAAUAUCAAAUCUCGUUUGCACUGAAAUACAGACAGCGCCAACAACUGACGUGUGUACGUCUCCGUAUAUUCCAAAAAUAUUCAGUAUUUAUUGUAAUAGAGAUAAUAUC